AUGCAGGGCUGGGCCUCCCGUGCUGGGAGAUGGGUGGGGGCGGCCAGGUCGGGGAUCCCUCCUGAGAGCCAUGCAGUCUGUUCCCUGCUGCUGCGAGUUCCCCCUUCUCACCCUGGUGGAGUUUGUCAGGAGCCUGUGGGGGCUCAGAGGUCUGGCUGGGGGGUUUUGGCCCUGCUGUCCCACGUCCCUCCCCGCAGAGACCCAGCUGCUCCCCUCUGUCCCCAGAAAAUCAUCGGCGUCUUCAAGCCCAAGAACGAGGAGCCCUACGGGCAGCUGAACCCCAAGUGGACCAAGUGGCUGCAGAAGCUGUGCUGCCCAUGCUGCUUCGGGAGAGACUGCCUGGUGCUCAACCAGGGCUACCUGUCCGAGGCCGGCGCCAGCCUGGUGGACCAGAAACUGGAGCUCAACAUUGUUCCCCGCACCAAGGUGGUGUAUCUGGCCAGCGAGACUUUCAACUACAGUGCCAUUGACCGAGUGAAGUCCAGAGGGAAGAAGCUGGCCCUGGAGAAGGUGCCAAAAGUGGGGCAACGGUUCAACCGCAUCGGCCUGCCGCCAAAGGUGGGCUCCUUCCAGCUCUUUGUGGAAGGCUACAAGGAUGCGGAUUACUGGCUGCGCCGCUUCGAGGCCGAGCCGCUCCCCGAGAACACCAACCGGCAGCUGCUGCUGCAGUUCGAGAGGCUGGUGGUGCUGGACUACAUCAUCAGGAACACAGAUCGAGGCAACGAUAACUGGCUGAUCAAGUACGACUGCCCCCUGGACAGCACGAGUGUGCCGGACUCCGAGUGGGUGGUGGUGAAGGAGCCCAUCAUCAAACUGGCUGCCAUAGACAACGGCUUGGCCUUCCCCCUGAAGCACCCCGACUCGUGGAGAGCAUACCCCUUCUACUGGGCAUGGCUGCCCCAGGCCAAAGUCCCCUUCUCACAGGAGAUCAAAGACCUGAUCCUCCCAAAGGUUUCCGACCCCAACUUCGUCAAAGACCUGGAGGAGGAUCUGUACGAACUCUUCAAGAAGGACCCUGGCUUCGACCGGGGGCAGUUCCACAAGCAGAUCGCUGUCCUGAGGGGCCAGAUCCUGAACCUGACGCAGGCCCUGAAGGACGGGAAGAGCCCCCUGCACCUGGUGCAGAUGCCGCCGGUGAUCGUGGAGACAGCGCGCUCCCACCAGCGCAGCGCCAGCGAGUCCUACACACAGAGCUUCCAGAGCCGCAAGCCCUUCUUCUCCUGGUGGUAGCUGGGCGCUGGGCCGCCUGGGGCUGGGCUGGCCUGCUGCCGCAGCCCCCGUGGCCAGGACUCGACUCUCCGGGAGAGGGCGGGUGCGUCUGGGGGAACCUCCAGCUGAACUCUGCCCGGGCAGAGCCAUGGAUUCCCCUUGCUGCGGGGCUUGGACGCAGCCUGGCAGAACCAGCUCCAGCCACAAACUGCCCCACUCAAUGCAGCCGCUGAGCGAGUGGAGCCGGGGCCUGCCUCCUGCGGGCGGUUCUGAGCCCGUUUGCUUCCUGCUGGGGCUGGGAUCCGCCCGGCAGCCUCGCCUUGCCCACCCCUCAGGAACCCCGGCUGCUCGCUGGCUGCAGGGCUAUAAAGGCAGUCAGUGUCAGCUCGACGUGGCCUUGCUGGGCUGCCCCUCCCCCCCCAGUGGCUACUUGGAGCUGGUGUCCCUGGAGAGGAGGCAUGUGCAUGAGUGAGGGGCUGGCACAGGAGGCCCAAUGUAUGCCCGGGCUGAGCUGGCAGAGGGCAGCAGGCCUGGGGUGCCCCAGACAGCUGCGCUAUGGAGUGUUUGUAGCUGCCUUUCCUGCAGGGGGGAGAGCCGGGGAGGGAGCCUGCGGAUGCCAGGGAGCUCUGGGCACCCUGGCACAGGAGUGAUGCAUGCUGGGACCUGGCCCCACUUCACAGGAAAGCUGAGGGCCCUGGUGUGGGAGCUGCUUGACCCCCUCCCUCACUGGGCACAGGGUGAUCUGUCCUGGUUUAGCUGGCUUGUCCUUGUUCCACCCUCUCCCCUGUAGGAGGGGCCCAUGUUCCCCUCUGCUCCUGCCCUCGCUGCUGGGCAGGCCCCCCUCCAGGGGCACUCACCUGCUCUGCUCCACAGGCCCUGGGUGCACGUGUGGGCAGCCUGGUUUCACUUCUCAAGG